GUCACGAGCAGGAAUCAGGAAGGUGUGUGAGUGUUUUUAUCGGGAUCAGGACUUUGCAAGGUGCUAUGUUUAUUAGUAACUUUGUUUAUCGGGACUACGACAACCUCGGAAAAAUGUAGGAGUUUAUACACUACUUCAAUAUGGGUCUUAGGGAGUCAAAACUUUGCUUCCUCCCUUAUGAGGAAGCGACGAAGAGAGUUACAGACGAUGAAAUGCAACGACUUAGACUGGCCUUCAAACGAUGUUCCGGUGUCAGUGGGUUUAUGCCCCAACCGGUGUUUACCCGUGAAGUUCUUGGUGAUGGUGUACCUAACAAAGUGGCUGAGCAAAUUUACACAGCGUUUGGUGGUACAAACAAGGGAAUGACAUUUCGCGAUUUGCUCUGUGGUCUUGUGCUUCUAACCCGGGGCACACGCGAAGAGAAGAUAAAAUUUAUUUUCAAUAUUUAUUCAACCGACGGAGCGUUCGUGUACAAAGAUAAUAUGGAGAGUUUGAUCCUUGCUUGUGAUGGAGGCAAUAUUCCUCAGCCGGUCGUGGAAUGCUUCUCUGAGUUUGAUAGACUACCAUUUGAGGAGUUUUCAAAGUGGCUUUUAAGAAAUCCAGAUGUGACUACGCUUACCAGAUGGUUGCUCAUUGUUAGUAAUGGUUGCAGUAUCCAGUUAACUGAUAGCAGUGAGACUCCAACAUUUUACCAGACACUUGCCAGUGUUACCCACUUACAAGAGGCAGAUAUUAUGGAGCUGGAGAAGAGAUAUUGGAUACUAAAGGCUGGAACAAAAACUGGAAAAUUUGAUCUGGAUACAUUCACACCACUAGUAUCACCACCCAUUCCAAAGUGUCUAUGUGAAGGAUUGUUUAAUGCUUUUGAUGAAAAUCAAGAUGGCCACAUUGAUUUUCGUGAGCUAGCAUGUGGAAUUUCCAAAUGUUGCAGGGGAUCCAAUGCUGAGAGGCAAAAAUUCUGCUUUAGGGUAUUUGAUGCUGAUGGAGAUGGCUUUCUGUCAAGAAGUGAAAUUGAAAUAAUGUGCAGGGGUUUAAUUGACAUCAGAAAGGAAAAUGCUGGAGAAAAGGAUACAAGUGCCAUCUGGGACAAGGAUGUGUCAUUGAUGGCAAUUGAAAUCCUGAGUGAUUGCAGCAAAGAUGAGGAUGGUCAAAUUAGCUUAGAAGAGUAUAAGGAGUGGGCAUCUACACAUAGAUUUUCCCAUCUGUUUCCCAAGUUAUUGGUCCAGGUAUGUCACAUUGUUUUGGGGCUUAGACCAAUCACUAGAGAAGUAGAACUUCAAGUUGUGAGAGGUUGGCUUGAGCGUGAGUACCAGCAUGACCUCAAUCCUGGUACCAUUUGGUAUCUUGUGGCUAUUUCUUGGUGGCGCAUAUGGAAAGAGUAUGUCAGUUAUCAGCCUUACAUCAGACGGUCAUCUACAGGGAAUCUUCGCAAGAAUGGUACAUUGCCAGCAAGAAUAAACCAAGUUCAUAAUGCCUCCUCUGGCAACCAAGGACAAGCUUGGAGUGGUGACUCUGCUUUAAAAACAAGAUCGUUGGGACGGCGUGAAUCUCAUCCAAUGUACAACCAGAUUAGUAAGGCAGUAAGUCCAACUGGGACAAUGAAUGGUCACUGUUCACAAGGAGCAGUAGCAUUAGGUACACAAGUGCCUGGUCCUGUUGAUAAUGUCCCACUUGUAGAACCUGAUACAAGAAAGGUCAUGAUUUUAACCGGCGAAGGAGGAAAGUUGAAGCGUAACAUUCCUUUAUGCAGAGGAAGGGACUUUGAGAUCAUACCAGAACCUGUUUGGAGAGCUCUUCAGCAGUGGUAUGGAGGUGGACCAGCUCUCCCAAGAACGGUCAUAACUCCUACAAAUGGUGAUCCAACCCCAGAAUUAGAGCUAUACCCAAUAAGUCUGCGACUGUUUCGACAUGCCCCUCCCCCUACAAGAGGUGGAAUUACAACAUGGACUGGGGUUGGAUUUGGAUUAAGUACGUUUGGUUUUGGUACCAGUUCUCUUACCACCCCUCAUGCCCCACCCAAAAGGUACCUGGCAUAUGUGGCAUCUUUUAGUCGGAUGAACACAUUACAACAGGUGUAUGACUAUCUCUGUGCACGACUCAGACUCCGCAUAGAAGAUAUGAGACUCUGGAGUUUGGAAGAUGAGAAUAAACUACGGCUUUUAGAAGAAGACAAUUCUUCUUUGGAGAAGUUAGGAAUCACUGACAACCAUGCUGUUCUUAUUGAAGUUCGAAACAGAGAUAUGAGUUGGCCAGAAGAGAUGUCCUCCUUGGCAAACAACAGAAGUCUUAGGGAGAAACUCAAUUUAGAACCAACAGAAAAAGGAGCCACAGGCCUCAGUAACUUGGGUAACACCUGCUUUAUGAACUCUGCACUGCAGUGUCUCAGUAAUACCCAACCCCUGACACAGUACUUCACAACUAAGUGCCACUUAUAUGAACUUAAUAGGACCAACCCUCUUGGUAUGAAAGGGCACAUUGCACGUCGGUAUGGAGACCUUACUCAAGAUUUGUGGAGUGGCAGCUCCCGCAGCCUUGCUCCACUGAAACUCAGGUGGACAAUAGGAAGGUAUGCUCCAAGAUUUAAUGGAUUUCAGCAGCAUGACUCCCAGGAAUUCUUGUCUUUCCUCUUGGAUGGUUUACAUGAGGACUUAAACAGAGUUCAGCUCAAACCAUAUGUUGAACUUAAGGACAGUGAUGGUCGACCAGAUGAGGAAGUAGCACAUGAGGCAUGGGAUAAUCAUCUAAAGAGGAAUCAAUCAGUUGUGGUGGACCUGUUUCAAGGCCAACUCAAGUCUCAAGUCAGGUGUUUGGAGUGUGGCUAUGUCAGUGUUAGGUUUGACCCAUUCACUUUCCUCUCCUUGCCUCUCCCUAUGGACAACUCAAUAUAUGUUGAAGUUAUAGUUGUUCGACUGGAGGGGAAAACCCCUACAAAGUAUGGAUUGCUGUUGAAUAAUGAUGACAGAUACAAGGAUGUGAAAAGAGAACUGUCAAAAUACUGUGGGCUGGUGUGCUCACAGGUUCUCCUGGUUGAGAUAUUUGGGGCAUCUGUUAAGAGUCUCCCAUCAGAUGUACAGAAGAUUCGUACAGCGUUAGCUGGGAUACUCUAUGCUUAUGAGAUUCCACCUCCUACAAUCUCCUGUGAAAAUGAUUGUGUGGGACCCAAUCCUUCAGAGGAGGACAAGGUUAUAUGUAAUUCAUCUGUUGUAGAGUCUGAGGAGCGAGAAUUUUGUACUACAAAUAAGGAUAAAAACUGUCAAACAGAUGGAACCAUUUUCAACACUGUUUCAAACAGUGAUAGAACUGAGAGGAAAGGAAGCAAAUCUUCUGGAACAAAUUCUGAAAACGGCUCGGAGGAAAGCGAAACCCGGCUUCGCGUCCAAGAAGAUUGGUUUGCAGAUGGAAAAAAGAACAAGAAGAAAGGUUCUUCUAGUCCAAUUAGGAGAUUGAGUCCAAAACUGCGAAAGAAAAUUAGCCCUAAGUUUGGGGCGGGAUUUAGUUUGACUACAACAUUGAGGAAGUCGUCUUCAUCAUCAUCUUCAACAGAAUUAGCUGAAGGACAUUUUAAUACUAAUUCUGAUUCUGGCAUCAGUUUAAGUGUGGAAAAUUCUCCAAGUCACCAAACUCUUUCUUCACCUGUUAAUGUUAAUGCUGCUUCUGGACAUUCAAGUGUUUCGUCAACACCUACAACAGGACCUGCACCAUAUUUGGGCUAUUGUUUUAGUGGAUUUGUUGUUGCAAUGCACAGGAAAAUAAUUCGUUUAGAUGCAUAUUUCCUUUCACCACAAAAGAAUCGCCCUGGUUUGUUUGGAAUCCCUGUCAUCAUACCAUGCUCAUCUAAAACAAGACAGUGUGAGUUGUAUGAGGGAGUCUGGACUCAAGUGGCCAGGCUACUAAGCCCACCAGCACCAGGAGACACAAACUGUAAGGAUGGUGAUGCAGGGGACUAUCCGUUUGAGCUGCGGGCAGUUCAGAAGGACGGCCUCAUGUGUGCAUGGUGUCCAUGGUACAGGUUCUGCCAUGGCUGUGUCAUUAAGUGCAGUGAGCAGGAGUUUGGCAGUAGCAGUUCAUACAUAGCUAUAGAGUGGGAUCCAACUACACUGCAUCUCAGAUACCAGAGCUCACAGGAAAAAGUGUCAACAGAACACGAGAGUGUGGAGAGAAGCAGGAAACUGCAGACAGAACCUAUUGACUUGUAUGAAUGUUUCAGAGCGUUCACUAAAGAAGAGGAGUUAGGGGAAGAUGAGCUGUGGUAUUGCAACAAGUGUAAGAAACACAGAUUAGCAGUGAAGAAACUUGAUAUCUGGAGUCUCCCCCCAAUUUUGAUUAUUCACUUGAAGCGGUUUCAGUUCGUAAAUGGCCACUGGGUAAAGUCUAAUAAAGUUGUGCAGUUUCCCAUGGAAGGUUUCGAUCCUUCAGCCUUCCUGGCCAAGCGAUUUUUUCGCCCAAAUAGUGCAGGGAACUCAGAGUCAGGUGGAGUCACCACAGUAAAUGUCAAGAGCAGCGAGGAACCUGAACCCGAGGAGGAGCCUGGAGACAAGAAAGAGGAAGCGUCCCGCAAGGGUAGCGAGGAGUCGUCUUCCCAGAGUUCAUCUGGUGAACUGAGUUCCAGUCAGGUGGAACUAAACCAGACCAGCAAACCUCCUUCGCGCCAGUCCUCUUGUAUAAGCCUCAACUCAGCUAAAGUCCACCCUGAGGGGAUGCUGGAAAUGAAGCCUGUUGGCGAUGCCACCGUAAAUGCUACGAUCUCUGACGUCACGGAGCUAAAUUCUGUAGAUGAACGUAGAAGUGAAAGUGGCAGCAUGGCAGCGUUAAGGAGUGAAGGUUCACAGACAGAGACACCAACCUAUCGUAUUUAUGCUAUGUCGUGUCACACUGGAGUACUGGGAGGAGGGCACUACAUUUCAUACGCGCACAACCCAAAUAAAAGAUGGUACUGCUACAACGACAGUAGUUGCAAGGAGUGUGACAGCACCAAGCUACAAAAAGACUCACCCUACAUGCUGUUCUAUCAGCAAGACGGCAUGGACGAACGAGCGUUUCUUCCUAACUUCAGUGGCCAAACACCAGAUUCUGCAAGUGACGACGAGGAAUAUGAAAACGACGUGAAAAAACUUUGCAUCUUACAGUAAAACCCUAAAAAAUAUUCUGCACAGGAACAAAACUAAUUUAAAGACAAUUUUUCUAUUGAAACUUUUAUGGGAUGAACUCUUACGCAAAUGUAAAUUAUCAAAAAUGCUGUAAAUAUAUCGACAUAGAAAUUUUAUUUUUAAAUUCCCCUGGUAUCACACAAAUUAUGAAAGGAAUAAUAUUAGCGUACCCAUUAUUUGUUUGUGUGCUUUAAGCUCGUUGAAUUACUUUUUUCGAUGACAUUCUUCUGUGUCAAUGUGCGACAUUAAUUUUUUCCGGGAAGGGGGUCUGAGUAUUAUGGGAAAUUUAAUGAAAACUAAUUGUUUUUUCCCAUUUUGAAUGUUCUUACGUAAUCUACUUAUCGCCCUGUGUAUUUUAUAAAAAUGCACAGAAGACUUGAUUUAACCUUGAUACGAAUGAGAGCCGCUGUAGAUUUCUUCAUUAACUCUCAGUAAGGAGUUUAAAGAAAACCACGACUGCAACGAGAACGUAGCGAAACGAAAGGUUUAAUGAGCAGAACAAUAACUUUGACCCUGCGUCUUAAAACGUUAUACAUUUUCAAGUCCUUCUCUCCAAGGCAACAGCGUUAAAUCGCCAAAUUUUGCGCACUCUGAAAUGGGAACUCCGACAGUAAAGUAUUCACGUUUUUCCUUUAAACUCAACCCUACAUUCACAUGCUAUUCUGAAUGGAAGGUCUGACGCCGUCGUAGAAGGCAAGCUACUCUCAAAAUUCUCAGGAGAAAUUAAAUAUUUAUUUCAAUCAACAUUUUCCCAGGCCUUGCCGUUGUGACAUUCUAAACUCCCUUUUUCCAAGAUCCGUCUUUAUUAAGAGUGAAAGAAGACAGUGAGGUUUUCUUUUCAAAAGAAUAAGAGAUUGUGCGAAGCUCUAAAUAUACAAGGGGUCUUAUCAAGUGUUGUGACACGACACCAAAUUUCGUUUCAUGCAAAUAAACGUGAAAGUAAUUUUUUGCUUAGAUGGACAAACACGUGAAAGGGUAGAAAAACCAAAACGGAAUGAGCACACUUAAGGAUGGAGAAGAUAAACAUUUAUCUCAAAUGAUGGACUUAAAAAAUUGGCUUAUUUUGAAAAGUGCACAAACUGUUCUGAAACCCCUUCGAGAUUGUGUUCCAGCAAAGAAGUUGAAACAAUUCUCAAAACUAAGCAGUGCAGCAAAAUAGACAAAAGAAAGAAAGAUUAUUCAUAGCUAAGCUUAAAAUGACUGUUUAGGUGGCUGUAAAGAAAGUUUUUGGGAAUUUAGGUUUUAGGAUUUUUAAAGAUUUUUCUAAUUAGCGUUGUAAAACUUUACUUAAGUAAUCUUAAUAGCCCAUCUAAAUAACGGGAAAUUUUAAAAAGGGUACUGACGAUGAAAAGUACUUAAUGAGCAAACUGCUCAAAGAGCGAAAAAAUUAAGUGAUCAAGUCUUUAGCUUGAAGAAUUUUGUUGUCAAAAGCCAGUUGAGGACAUCAAAAGCUUCCAUUUUUCUCUCUCUUUUUCAAUUUUACGGCAAGUUUUAGUCAGUUACAUUAUUAUCUAGUGCACUACGGUCAGUGUCUCUUGAAAGACUGGAGAGAUUUUUAAAGUUGUCCAAAGCAGUCUGGGGACUCCAGAAAUGCAGUCUAUCCUACACUAAGGCUUAAAUCCUGCGAGUUAUCAGUGUUAAAUUAAGCAGUUUGGCAGAUGAAAUUUUUCCUCCUUCUUUUCAUAAACCUCCAUAGUUUUCUGUUUACAAUCUGUUUGAGAUCUUUACAUGCAAAAUGUCGGUGUUUCCUGUUGAUGAAGUUCAUUAUACCUCUCGUAUGUUUGUACGUUACUACGCUCAGAACUCUUGUUUCUGUGUAGGAGCAAACGUAAUUAAUUUAGUGCCUUAAGACAAUAAAAGAUGCUUCUGUAA